CAUCGGGUGUUGCGCUGUCGGAAGAACAGCGAUUGUUAUUUUUGAAACACUAAAAUCCCUGUGUCCACAACAGAUAGUGGCGACGGUAGCAAAGUCAGAUAGAAGUCCAGAAGAUCGAUGAAGAACAAUAUGACUACUAGAUUCCGAUGGAUAAGAACCGCAUUCACGMUAUUUUGUGUCUGUGACAGUGUCGAAUCCUUUGGCAUCAAUCGGAAUACCCCCAGAACACGCAGCAAUCUUUUGGAACGCUCUUCGUCUAGGACGACGACGAGGCUUUGGUUGUCAGAUGCAACUUUGGAAUCUCCAUCGUCGGAUAAUGRAUUAUCUCUAUGGGAAAAUAUGGCAAACAAGAUCCAUUCGAAUGCUGAUUUGUCGAACAAUUUCGAAGAAACAAAAUCCUAUACCAACACGGUUUCACUACUCCGAGUUGGGAUUCCGUCUCUCUUUUUCGCAUUCUCAGCAAAAAUUUCCUACCCAUUUAUUGCGAUCGCACUGGCAAACGCAAUUGACGAUUCAGGAGUAUUUGCUGUUGUAUCCCAAGAUGCUAGCCAGUAUAUCCAAAACAUACUCACCACCUCGGGCCUGACGUUUUCAAUUUUGGUGGGACAAACGUAUUAUUUUAUGUAUCAAGUACGUAAGCUUGGUAGAUUGCAACAGGUGACGRAGUAGUAUGGCUUGCACGUGAUGUCGAUUCGUAAUUUCUAUAACUUGGAAGAAGGCAUCGACGAGAUCCGCAAUACUUGUACGCUUUUUCGAAAUGGUACAAACCCUGUCUAUUCAUUUCCUUAUACUAAUGGUUCUUAUUUUCUUUCCUUUCCAUAAAACCAACAAAUAAAUCUCAAAGCAACAAGAGGCAAUUUAUCUAGCCMUCUUUGAAGAAGUAACAAUGGCAAAAUCGUUGCUGGAACAGGUUGCUCUUGUAUCACAGGGCCGAGAGAGGCUCUACAAAGAGAUCCUGGCGUGUAUACAAGACUAUGUACGCAACGAUUUGACCAAAUUCAAUGACAUUGAACCGUCGGAAUUGAUAUCGAACCGCCCCGUGGACGAUCCACUGGAACAAAUCUUGUAUCUGACAAGCGUCGGGGAGCCCUCUCUGAUCUAUCAAACAGUGCGUUCACUUCGGCAAGCACGGUCGUCUCGACUUGGAGCGUUGCAACGAAAACUCCCGAUGUUGCAAGUUGUUUUGUUGUGGACUCUUGCAGCCAUUGUGCUGUUCACCUUUCCCCUGUUGGGUGCAGGCUCCCAAACGAUUGGUGGCCUUGGAAUUCUGCAGGUUCAGUCCUGGUACCUUGGAUUCAUUGUAUUAGGAAUAUCUAUUACCAUGGGAGUUGUAGAGGAGUUGAGGCGACCCGCACAGGUUGGUGCCUACAACGCCCAGGCGGUCCUCAAUGUCAUGGUCAAAGGCUUGGAGGAAGAACUCGGACAACGGUUGGACGGCACAAUUCAAAUGGGAUCGUUUGGAUCUGAAAACUGGUCCAUGGAUCCAUCCGUUGAUAGCGAUGGCUACCUAGGACCCGAAUAAGUUUGGAAGAUGAUUCAUUCGUCGGGUUAAGCAUAGAUAUACUAGUUCUCCAGUUCUUUGGCCGGAACAAGGAUUAAACACGACUUUAAGUUGACCCCCCUGGGUUUUGAAAUUGUAUGAGUCAAGAUAUUGCCUUCCACCGUUCUAGUUUCAUAUUAUUAUCCAGCUUMCACUGUACUCAACAAUUUGUACUUCAGUUCUUGUAAUGAUCAAGGCUCCCAAUUCAAUAGGCUGGAACAGGUCCCAAGAGCCAGRAGCCCCCUUUCAUUUUACUGUAUUGUACGAAGUAUGGUGUUUUGUACUACAACGUACUAGUACAUACCUGUAGUACGGUGCGUAGUACAGAUGUACCGGUACGUACGUACGUACCGUACUGUUUUGUUCUGCAUUUKUUUGCGCGCGCGACCUGCAAUUAAGUUUCAACAUUUGUCGCGCGAUGAACUCGAUCUUGAGGACACWAAACGUCGUGACAUCUGGGGAGAACGAGUACUCGUACUCGUACUUACCUACGGUAUGACCACUACAACACGACAUCAUCACCAUCAAUCGAGAAAACUGGAUCCAAUCCAAUUUUUUUUGCUACGCACUGUCCCACGGUUAGAUUGAGUCUCAUACUACUGUAGGAUACCGGUGCUCGUACUCGACGUAACGGUAUCGAUGGUGCUAAUACGAACGAGAAUACUCUCGCACAAGUUUGAAAAAAUCAAAUAGUCACAAAGUCCUGCUAUAUUAAGAUGACUGAUUCAUCCCAUUGUUACGAUCCUUCGCUCGACGAAGCAGUACGAUUCGACCCSACAUCUGUAGGCCUUCCCGAGGGUUGGUCGUUGACAGAAUUUUCGACCCUCAAGGGAUGAGCCUGCAAGAUCCCCCAGGACGAACUCCAGGAGAUGCUCUCUUCGUUGUCUCUAGGAGGUGCGUGUUGUGUUUUUAAUUGUGCUGUGAAMUCCGAUGCAAUUGCCUGAUCCAUGCUGCUAUGGGACCAUAUGAUAAACGUCUUACCUAUUAACUUUUUGACGCGGGUCACACACACUCAAUUGGCACAUUUGCAUUGGUUCUUGAUUUCCGGUACGUUACCAUCGACGACAACUACAAUUUCAUACCAUGUGCAGAUGGGAACAACCUGGGCACGGCGGACGGUCGGAUCGCACUCGAUUGUU